AUGGACGAAGCUGCUACUACCAAGACCUCCUUUCCCGAUGCAUGGGGAAAAUCACCUCAAAAAGGCUCUGCACUUUCAGCAGAGCUAGCCAAUACUCGCAUCGCUCACACGUUGACCGCUUGUACACGAUGUCGACAGAGAAAAUCAAGAUGCGACCCCGGCAUUCCCCGAUGCGAGCCAUGUCAACGAUCCAACGCAAAGUGUGUAUACUAUGACCCCGCGAGAAAUGGAACCAUAUCAAGGACAUAUAUAGUACAAUUGAGGGAGCGGAUAAAGGUGCUUAACCGGGAACUAGCCGUGAUCGAGAGCGAAAUAAAUCAUCGUCCGGAUGCAGAACUCAUGGUUCGUGGGGCUGGUCUCAUCAGGUUCAAAGAAACAGAUGAGUCCAAAUUCCUGGGACCAUCAAGUGGUAUCGCGAUUACUCGUCUCGUUAUGGAAAUGGCAAAACAAAACACUGAUUCUAAAAGUAUUAAAGAGGUUGUGAACGAGACCACUGCCCAGGAAAUCAAAUCAGCAUUUACCCGCGAGAGCCAAAAACCAACCUCGAAAAUAUAUCCCAUGAUAAGUUCGGUUGCAGAACCUAAUCUUCCACCACGAGAAUUGACAUACAGAUUAGUGGAUAUAUUCAUGGCGAAAGCUCAAUACAUGCUUCCUACUCUACAUGAACCCUCAUUCCUCCAGGAAAUCAACGCUGUCCUCAAUGGGUCUGAAGACCCCUGCUAUAACUUCCAAGCUCGACUAGUUAUUGCGAUCAGUAUGCAGAAGCUUAGCCCACAGUAUGCGGGGCUGGCGGACAGCUAUUAUUUGGCUGCCCUUCCAUUCUUAGAUGACUGUACAAGAAAGAUGGACAUAUCAACCUUACAGUGUUUCGCGCUUAUAGCCCAAUAUUCAUUAUUAACGCCAACAAGGACUGCGGCGUAUUGGGUUGUCGGAGUUGCUGUCAAACUUUGCCAAGAUUUAGGCUUAACCGAUGAGGCUACCAUUACUAAGUCAUCUUCGGGGCCCCUUGACUGUCUCGAACUUGAUAUGCGGAGGCGACUAUUCUGGAUUAUAAUAUCUAUGGAGUAUGGUUUAUCUCAUAGCCUUGGUCGCCCAAGUGCUUUUGGGGCAACCCAUGAUCAUAUUAAUGUGGAAUUCUUUUCAAUGGUCGACGAUCGCUUCAUCACACGCGGGGGUAUCUUGCCAGGCAGCCAACCUAUAAUGAAGAAGUGCAUUGCAAUCCAUUUCUUUAAAAUGAGGCUACUCCAGGCCGAAAUCCGGAGAACUUUGUAUCUCAAAAAGCGCAAUACACCUCUAAAUGACAACGAUCCGUGGUUCACUAACAUGCUAGCGAAACUUGAUCACUGGGUUGCUUCCUGUCCCAAAAACGAUGAAGGUAGCGGACUUAGUGAACUGUGGUUCCAAGGAAGACGGAACACAAUGAUUGUAUUCAUGUUUCGACCAUCUCCACAAGUCCCGGAACCGUCGCUCAAUGCUGCGAGGAAGUGUUACGAUGCAUCUAUAUUCAACAUUAGAAUGCACAGAAAUCAAGUUGAGACGAGUUCUGUGGACUUGACCUGGAUUUUCACGCAGUCGGUAUUCAUGGCUCUGAAUACCAUACUCUGGUCACUUUCAUAUCCCGAAAUUCGACAGGAGCAUCCUAUCGAAGAGGUUAAAGAACACAUUUCAAUUGCCCUAGCCGUUAUCACAGUAAGUGCUGAGCGAUGGCCUGGGGUGGAAUCUGCACUCCAGCUAUAUAGAAGCCUUAUCGCGGGUUGUCUCAGAGCCUAUGAAACUGGCGAAUCAUUUGUGGUGCAUUCACCACCCAGCGGGGCCUCUCCGUUAUCUUCACAUGAUGUUACGACUCCUCCACCUAUGUCCAGUCCUUCUAGUGUUGCUACCAUUUCUGUCGGCUCUUCUCGCCAUACAACAACCAGAGACCGUGUGACGCCGGACGGGUCUUCCCCAAUCCCUCAGCCGAAAUCCAUUCAUUUUAAUCCUUCACAGCCUUAUUCCAUGAAUGUCGUUCGAAACUCAUCACCCGAAUCAUCAACGACAACUACCUUAUCCAAUCCUUAUCCGACACAACCUAAAUAUCACCAAGCAACCCAAGCUACGGAGCCGGUGGCAACCACAUCGUACGGACCUUCAUCCAUCAACCCUAGUGAUACACAGUUCGAUCCAAAUUCCUUAUACAACACAUUCCCUUCAGUGCUUCCAGGUCUGCAGCAUUGGGAUCCUAACUAUAAUCCUACUUCCACCACCGCAGGCCAUCUCUCUUACCCGAGUGCCAGCGCUAACCCAAUGUCUUGGCUGGGCUCGAUUGGGGAUCAAUAUUCACAGUUCUUCAACCAGCCGUACCCUGCAAAUUGGCAAGGACGAAGUCUCAGUCAGCAAGAACAGAUAGAACUAAUGGAAAAUCUAGUUCAAAAUCCUCCUGAAGUCUCAUACCGCCCUGAUGAAUCUACGACUUAUUACAACAAUGAAAUUCCAUGA